AUGUCCGACGACCCCUUCCCGGCCUCCGCUCCCGGCGCCGGCCCUCCCGCCUUGGCUCCCGGGAAGCACCGCGGCCCCCGCUUCAGCUGGAACACGGCCUAUGAGACCACCUUCUUCACCUCCCUCUGCGAGUCUGUCCAUCUCGGUCUCCGCGAGGGUAACACGUUCAAGCCCGAGGCCUGGGACCGCGCAUUGCAAGCCCUCAUCAGCCAUCACAACGCCUAUGCCAACAAGGGCCACCUCAUCAACAAGAGCGACAAUGCUCGAAAAAAGUUCCGUCUAUGGCGUGGUUUGCGUGAGGAUCCCGACUUCCAUUACGAUGUCAUGACCAGGACGGUGAACGCAUCCGAGGAAGCAUGGGCCCGACAUUUGCAGGUGCGUCAUGUCAUAACUAUACGAGAUCUUGUUCCCGAUGUCAUCGGCUCCGGCGGCGCCCCUAAGCGACUGACCAAACAACGCCCCCGCAAGCCGAAUGAUAACCUCAACCCCUCCGGCCCCGGUUCCGGUCAUGGUCCCGGCCACGCCGACCAGGAUGCCCCUAAUACGACAAUCAUGAACCUCCUUGCCGACACAUCAUACGCGAACCCUCAUUCACAAGGCCACAUGCCUCCACCACCUCCAGUCCAUCCUGCUUCCGCCCCUCUUCCGUCUCCCAUCCCGGCCGCCGUGUUGGCCCCCAUUCCCACUCCACCAACCUUGCCGUCCUCUCAACCACCACCACCACAUUCGCGGCCCAACCAUACUGCACAUCAACCACGAAAUAACCCAAGCGCGUCCGCCCUAACGCCACCCGAGGAGAAUCCUGCCCAGAACCGGAGAAGACCUCACAUGCCUGACAGCAGUGGCUCUAGCGGCUCUACGAACGCUGAAAAACGCCGUCGUACUGCCUCGAACUCUGUUGACCACGCUUCCCAAGCCCCGGGUAUUGCCAGGGCUGCCGCGUCGGGAGUAGAUAGACUGCCGACUGCGGAAGAGGCGGCAGAGGCCCGUUUUUUCAAGCAUAGGCCAAGCUACGCAGAGCAAGCCGUCGAGAUCUUCUUCCGGGACUUCCCCCAGGAGGACAUGGACUUUGCGCUCAAGGUGGCCGAAAAGGCCCUCACGGACGAGAACAAGGCCAUGGUGUUCUGCAAGAUGCCCCCGCCUUUGCGCAUACAUUGGAUUAAGCGUCUGAGGGAAGCGCACAACAGGAGUAUCUAG